CAAGGAAGUGGCUGACAAGUUGCAGUCGCUGUACAUUCCGCUGCAUCUGUGUUGACUGUUCAGAGUCCACGGACAGCAGCCCUCGUUCCCGGUAGCUACAACUUCAAAAAUGGCCUAUCACAGUUUUCUUCUGGAGCCCAUUACCUGUCAUGCUUGGAACAAAGAUGCAACUCAAAUCGCCUUUUGUCCAAAUAGUCAUGAUGUUCACAUUUACAAGAAGGAUGGAGAUAAAUGGAGCAAAAUCCAUGAACUGAAGGAACAUAAUGGACACGUCACAGGCAUUGACUGGGCUCCUGAGAGUAACCGCAUUGUAACCUGUGGUACAGAUCGUAAUGCCUAUGUGUGGACCCUAAAAAACAAUGUGUGGAAACCUACUCUGGUCAUCCUUAGGAUUAACCGUGCUGCACGUUGUGUAAAGUGGUCACCUAAGGAGAACAAGUUUGCAGUGGGCAGUGGAUCCAGGCUCAUUUCCAUCUGCUACUUUGAGCAAGAAAAUGACUGGUGGGUGUGUAAGCACAUCAAGAAACCAAUACGUUCAACUGUCCUGAGUCUGGAUUGGCAUCCAAACAAUGUUCUUCUGGCAGCUGGGUCCAGUGAUUUUAAGAGCAGGAUCUUUUCAGCUUAUAUAAAAGAAGUGGAAGAGCGCCCUGCCCCCACCCCAUGGGGCUCCAAAAUGCCCUUUGGGGAGUUAAUGUUUGAGUCCAGCAGCAGCUGUGGAUGGGUGCAUAGUGUCUGCUUUUCCCAUAGUGGAGACCGCAUGGCUUGGGUGAGCCAUGAUAGCACAAUUUGCAUUUCUGAUGCCACCAAAAAGAUGAGAGUAACCUCCUUGAUUACAGACACUUUGCCACUCUUGUGUGUGACCUUUAUCACUGAGAACAGUCUGGUGGCUGCUGGUCAUGACUGCUUUCCAGUUCUGUACAUCUAUGAUGAAGCUCAGGGGACUCUGAGUUUUGGGGGGAAACUAGAUAUCCCCAAGCAGAGUUCCCAGAGAGGAAUGACUGCACGUGAGAGAUUUCAAAACCUGGACAAGAAGGCCAGUUCCGAUACCAACAACAUUACCCUGGACUCCUUGCACAAGAACAGCAUCAGUCAAUUAUCUGUGCUGAGUGGUGGGAAGGCAAAGUGUUCCAAAUUCUGUACCACUGGCUUGGAUGGAGGAAUGUGCAUCUGGGACGUCAAGAGCCUGGAAUCUGCAAUGAAAGAUCUGAAGAUUAAGUGAACAUACAGGGAAGGCAAAGUCUCUGUUGCCAAACAGCUUCAAGCCUCAUUUAUAAAUGAUUGUCUUGCGGUAGACAAAAUAUGCCAAGAUUUUAAAAGCCAAAGCUUAUAUCUGCAGCUAAAUGUUUUUGCUUUAUGUAUCUGUGCUUCCCUGAUGGAACAAAAUAUGCUGGACAUAAUUUUUAUUUUACGCUUUCAAAUAAAUCAUUUUACAUAUUUGA